AUGGCCUCACCCCCCAUCGUUCUCCUCCUCAUCAAAACGACCACCAUGAGCAGCACUCCUCCCAAGCAAGGCAGGUGGUCCCGCAUGGGGAACGCCAUGAAGCGCACCCCCUCGAUGUUAGUUCCCUCGAACGCUAGCAUCAAGUCCAAGUCCGGUUCUCCUCCACCCCCAGCUACUCCUCCCCCAACUACCCCCCCUGCGGCAAGGAUCUCAUCAGACCGCGACUCCGACACCGCCUCUAUUGCCACCUCGAAAGAGAAGAAGGGGAGCAUCCGGUCUCGCAUGGGUAAGGCCAUCAAACGUACCUCCUCAAUGCUCACACCCGCCACUCCCCGCUCGUCCGGUUCGAUUGAUUCGAUGGACACUAAAAUUGACGUCAGCCCGGCUGUUCUCUCCCCACCCCCAACAGUGUCAACAGCGCCGCUAGUCAGCCCCAUCGCAGAGUCGCCUGUUAUUGUCCAACCGGCCUUUGCGUCCUUCUCCUCCCCUCCCCCUGAGCAGGCUCAGGCUGUCACGGUGUCCGGAACAUCUGACGAUCUCCCCCUUCCUCCCACUGACGAUCUCGCUUCCGUCCCUGCAACAAGCACCGUGACUGACGAGCCAGAGGCCAUGUCAGAAUCCGAUCUAUCACCCCCAGUGCGGGCUGAUGUGAUCGCUCCUGAAACUGAGAAAGUCCAAGAGCCCGAAACUGAAAAAAUCCAGCAGGUCGAGCCUGAGGAUAUCCCAGCUGCGCCCCAGAUGCAGAUAGAGCGAUCUAAUUCAACGUCGUCUUAUGAGGUUGUUUCAGCCCCCCAGGAGGAAGAAGUCCAGUUGUCGUCCCAGGAAGAAGUUCAGCCUACACAUCACGUAGAUGUCCAACCUGAAUCUCAGAAUGAGGUUUCCCCAGCUGCGCCGAAGCAGGAGGAGGCGAAACCCGACGUACACGAGGAAGAGGAGAAGGAGGAGCAAAACGAACCCACUUUGACAGCAGAGAAGGUUGAGCCUACGGUUCUUGAAGAAGUCCCCGUCUUCAUUGCGGUUGAAGAACCCCAAGUCGCUUCUCAUGACGAGCAGAACAUCCUACUGCCCACGGGCUCUUCUCUCGAACUCCCUAGCACACACCAGCCACCUGCUCUUAGCGACUUUGAAAUAGAUCUAGCCGAGGCACUCGCAGACGAGCCUGAGCACAGCACCAACGGGUCCGCCUCACUGCACGAGCCGGUCUCAAAAGCCCCAGUCGCACUCGAAAUCGAGAAACCCAAACUCGAGAUCAUCCACCCCCUCUCCCCAGUGUUCCCAUCUCACUCGCACCCGCUCUCCAUCUCAGUUGCCAACUCCACUACGACCGCCACAACCGCGGUUACGGUGGCAGCGGAAACUGACCCUCUUCUGCCUCCUACGCAGGCUAACGGGUCUGCUGCGUAUCCCCCAGGCACAAAAUUGGGUUCGGGAGAGGCAACUAAUAGCAGCAGCUCCAAAACUUCCUCGGCGCAGGGUGAGAAGCCAUUCUUGGACAGGUUCAUCGAGUGGCUUUGGAGUUGGAUUCCUUGGGAUGCGGUCGUUGUAUGACUUCACGAGCGGUUCCAUUCAUAACGUCCUCUAACGAUUGAUUGACGUCUCCGCGUUCGAUUCUUGCAUUUUUUUCCCUUUCUUUUCUUACACGCUCAUACACAUGCAUGUUUCAUCACCCAUCACAUAGUAUUUUGUCUCCAACAUAUGUAUUCCUUUGUGCAUUACACUGUCACGGCUGCACCCAUAUCUACUUUUAUUCGAUUAUCGUUUAUGCU